AUGUUCAUUACGGAUAGAAACAUGUGCCAGCUGUGUCAUCAGCAUCCAACAUCGGCCGCCAUUGGACUUCUUCAACGAGCGCGAAAUUCGGACGUUGUCCUCGUGCUACGAGUCACUUGUGGACCCAUGUUUCGAUUUGCGAUUUGUCGAGGAAAAAGCAGAUUCGGCGCUCGAUUUGACCUACAGGAAGUCGUCAAUAUGGGAUUUUCCACAACGGACUGA